AUGGCGUUCGCCGCGGCUGCGCGGAGAAGCCUCGCCUCGCCUAGCAUCUCCGAUUGCCUCUUCCGCCGCUUCCAUCCGGCGCUCCCUCAACUGCUCCCAUCCAACUCCAUCGGCGAUCCCCGGAAGCCCUCGCCCCUUCCUCUCCCACCCGCACCCCGUCCGCUGCGUUUCGCGUUCUCCCCUUGCGGGACAGCUCAAACCCUAAACCUCCUCCCAUUCGGCAUCCACCUCCUCGCAGGGCCACCCCGCCGCAGCUUCUCCUCCUCCUCCCGCGACAUUGACUUCGCCGACGCCCUCACCGGCGCCGCCGAUGCCUGGCCGCCCGUGGCUGCCCCGGUGAGCUUCCCCAGUGAGGUGGCGUUGGCCGCGGUGGACUCGUCGAUUGCCGUCGCGGCGGUGCAGCAUCUCAUCGACGCGGUCCAUUCCUUCACUGGUCUGAACUGGUGGAUUUCCAUUGCUCUCUCCACUGUGCUCUUACGGUCUGUGUCGUGCCCAUUGUGGAUGCUUGCCAGGAAACGAGUAUAUGAGAUGUGUCAGGACAUGCAACAAACCAGCAAGUUGGUAAAUAAUGCUAAGGACGAUGCAUCAAGAGAAGAAGCUGAGCGUGCAGCAUGGUCUUCACUCAAAAAGUUAGGUCUUGCGUUAUAUCUUCCACUAAUUGUGACACCGUAUACCUUGAUAACUCUUCACAUCGCUAUAUCAAACAUGGUUGGCAAUGUCCCAUCUUUAAAAGGGGGUGGAGCAUUCUGGUUUACUGAUCUGACAACCCCUGAUGCUCUUUGCAUCUUUCCCAUGAUAACAUCACUGUUCAUCAUGCUUACCUCAGAGCUCAAGUACAAUGCUUCAAAGAAAUGCAAAAAAUGCUCUCGCACGAUGCACAAAGAAGCAAGGGAAGCUCUGAGAGUAAUGUCUCUUCUAUCUAUGUUGUUGACAGCAACCCUUCCUCAGGCGAUUUCUUGUUCCUUGGUCACCUGGAGUUUUCUAAGUCUUGCAGAAAGGAUAGCUCUCGAGCAGCCAGCUCUGCAGAAAGUACUAUAUGGCACGCCCUUGAAACAAAGAAGAUGUUCUUGUGAUGGACAGAAGGGCCCAACUGCUGAAGAUGCCCCUUCUGUCAAAGAGCAGGAAGAGCCAGUUUUCCCAGAGACAAAGAAAUCUUCUGAUGCUCACAGAGACGAUUCCGAUAAGAAAUCGACCAAAGACGGUUAA